GUUGUGUGUGUACAUUGCUUAAAGUUUCACGAACUUGCGGAACUUGUGUAAUUGUUUGUUUUGUAUUGUUUUACAAAAUGUCUUUAGCCGACGAAUUGCUCGCCGACUUGGAAGAAAAUGACGAUGGAGAAUUGGAAGCUGCCAUCGAAAGUAAAACUUCAAACGAUUCAUCUCAUGAAUUUGCUGUUCCGUACCCUGUAAUACCUAAAGAAGAAGAAAUUAAAAACGUCUCUAUUAGAGAACUAGCUAAAUUGAGGUAUUCUGAACGCCUAGGACGGGUGAUAUCUGAGAUAGAGCGCAACAUAGGAGGUAGUCGUAAUAAAAUAGAAGUUACUGGGUUGAUGGAAACAGACCCUGAGUACCAGCUCAUUGUUGAAGCCAAUAAUAUUGCUGUUGAAAUUGAUGGAGAAAUCGCUAUUAUUCACAGAUUUGUGCGGGACAAGUACCAAAAACGGUUCCCAGAGCUGGACUCUCUCAUCAUCACACCAUUGGAGUACAUUCGUACAGUGAAGGAACUUGGCAAUGACCUGGAUAAGGCUAAGAAUAAUGAGAUACUGCAAAGUUUCCUUACACAGGCUACUAUUAUGAUUGUUUCGGUUACUGCUUCUACUACACAAGGGAAAUUCCUAACAGACAAUGAAUUAGCAGAAAUAAAUGAAGCCUGCGACAUGGCGGCGGAGCUAAACAACUACAAAUCGAAAAUCUAUGAAUAUGUGGAAAGCAGGAUGACUUUUAUUGCACCUAAUAUUACUGCUAUUGUAGGUGCGUCAACUGCGGCAAAGAUCCUUGGAGUAGCUGGUGGUCUAUCGAAAUUGUCCAAAAUGCCAGCUUGCAAUGUUUUACCGCUUGGCCAACAAAAGAAGACAUUGUCUGGGUUCUCCCAAGCAUCGGCGCUGCCACAUACGGGGUUCAUUUAUUUCUCACAAAUUGUACAGGACACAACACCUGAGCUACGGUACAAAGCUGCAAAGUUGGUGUCAACAAAACUCACGCUAGCAGCCAGAGUGGAUGCGUGUCACGACAGCACCGAUGGGCAUAUCGGACGCCGAUUGAGAGAGGAAAUAGAGAAGAAGCUGGAUAAAUUACAGGAACCGCCACCUGUGAAAUUUGUGAAACCCCUGCCAAAGCCGAUUGAGCAAAGCCGCAAGAAGCGCGGCGGAAAGCGCGUGCGGAAAAUGAAAGAGCGCUACGCUAUGACUGAGUUCAGGAAGAACGCCAACCGACUCAACUUCGCGGACAUCGAAGACGACGCCUACCAAGAAGAUUUAGGCUACACGCGAGGCACAAUCGGCAAAUCCAGCACAGGGCGUGUUCGACUACCUCAAAUAGACGAAAAGACCAAAGUGCGAAUCAGUAAGACGUUGCAGAAGAAUCUGCAGAAGCAAAAUCAGCAGUACGGUGGAGCUACCAGUAUUAGACGACAGGUGUCAGGGACUGCGUCUUCUGUGGCAUUCACACCAUUGCAGGGCCUGGAAAUCGUGAACCCCCAAGCGGCAGAAACUCGAAUCAACGAAGCGAACGCCAAGUAUUUCUCAAACACCUCCGGAUUCCUUUCUGUCGGCAAGAACACCACGUGAUUUAAGAAUUCAACACAUUAAGAGCAGUCUUCUUAAAUAUGUACAAACCGUGAACGUGAUUUCAAGUUGUGGACUUUAUGAUGUUCCAUUAUAAGGGCGAGAAUGAAACGUUAUUGUGAAGUGAAAUAAUUAGAAUUAAAUA